CCUGCCUCGUUCAUUCACGAGCUCGGCCCGUGCUGUCGCGCGCUUCAGCACCGGCGCGCUGUGGACGGGGCACCGAGCCCGCGGAGCUGUUGCGUGGCAAAUUCAACCAGUGCGACUUUUCGGAUAUAGCUGAUACUAAGUAAUUAGCUGAUACUAAUUGCCAAUCUUCUUGAAUUAGCGGUGAAAAGCGAUGUGAUUUAAAUGUAUGGAAUGUAUAUGUGACUGUGCGUGUCUGACGCGGGCUGCUGCGAAGUGUGGUAGGACCGUGCGCCUGUCAAGUGCGCUUUUCAAUGCGUGAAGCGCCUAGCAGCGGUGACUUGCUGAGCGCCGCUGAGGAGAUUCGUUUAGUCAGGAGGAUGCUGUUAGGAAAUGCCUGCAGAAAGAGAGGAUGAAAUCUGUCGAAAGGCGCUGGAACUACUGUCCGAGCUCUGCUCCAAGGGAGAAGUGCAGAAUGACAACUGCUUGGAUUUUAUCUACUAUUUUCGAGAUCUCGGCAGACCGAGGUUUUCGGACUCAGACGUGUCUGUGAGCCUGCUGUCACUGUUGGUGACCUCAUGUGGCCUGGCCCUGUUUGGAGUUUCACUCUUUGUGUCCUGGAAGCUGUUCUGGGUGCCAUGGCGGGACCGCUUCCUGCCGGCCUGCCUGCGGGAACCCCAGGGCGAGCAGCGGACCGUCCUGACCGACGACGAGACCCUGGAGCACGAGUACAGUGCCGACUUUGCCAAGGACUCAUCCGUGCCCACGCUGGUGCCCGACUCGGCCAUGAAGAUCAGCCACACGUCGCCCGACAUCCAGCUGGAGGUGCAGAGUGCGGGCAGGGAGCACAACCCCCAGCACGUGGCCCGUGUGCAGAGGCAGAUCACAGACCCAACCUCGUCCGUCCGGCAUAACUCAAUCCGGAGGCAAAUGAACCUCUCCAACCCCGACUUUAACCCCGCCCAGUUCCAGAGGCAGGAGUCCCUGUCGGGGCCAGGUCUGGGUCGGAUCAAGCCGGAGCUCUACAAGCAGCGCUCGGUGGACGGCGAGGACGGACGUCGGGCACACAGCUGUGGCCGCCUCCACUUCAUCCUCAAGUACGACUGCGACCUGGAGCAGCUGAUUGUGAAGAUCCACAAGGCUGAGGACCUGCCCGCCAAGGACUUCUCAGGAACCUCAGACCCCUACGUGAAGAUUUACCUUCUACCUGAGCGCAAGACCAAGCACCAGACCAAAGUGCACCGCAAGACUCUCAACCCCGUGUUCGACGAGGUCUUCCUCUUCCCCGUGGCGUAUGCGGAGCUGCCUGCGCGCAAGCUACACUUCAGCGUCUACGAUUUCGACCGCUUCUCACGCCAUGAUCUCAUUGGCCAGGUGGUGGUAGACAACUUCCUGGACUUGCCAGACUUUCCUGGGGAAACUAAACUCUGCAGAGACAUCGUCUACGUCACUGCGGAUAACGUGGACUUGGGCGAGCUGAUGUUCUCUCUCUGCUACCUUCCGACCGCUGGCCGCCUGACCAUCACAAUCAUCAAAGCCAGGAACUUAAAAGCCAUGGACAUCACAGGAGCCUCUGAUCCGUACGUGAAGGUUUCCCUCAUGUGUGAUGGACGGAGACUGAAGAAGAGGAAAACGUCCACCAAGCGCAACACGCUGAACCCCAGCUACAAUGAAGCCAUCGUCUUCGACGUCCCACCGGAGAACAUAGACCAGAUUAGUCUCUUAAUCGCCGUGAUGGACUAUGAUCGUGUAGGUCAUAAUGAGAUCAUCGGCGUGUGUCGAGUGGGGAAUGCGGCGGAGCACCUGGGUCGAGACCACUGGAGCGAGAUGCUGACGUACCCCCGCAAGCCCAUAGCCCGCUGGCACCCGCUCAUAGAGUGGAGCGGUCAAGGAAACACUGGUGGGAGUCAAGGCUCUUGUUCCUCUCUCAAGAAUCCUCCGUCACCCUGACGACUGUGUCUGAGCUCCACAUCGCCACGCUGGGAGGGAGACGUAGCAAAUCGUUUCACUUAAAAUGUGUUCACACACACAGUUAAAUGGCACGCAUGUACAGGACUUGCACAUGGAAGAGAGUGUCUAUUGUACUGCAUGUCAAAACGACUAUGUGUGAAUAUGUUUAUGUUUAUGGAGAAAAAAACACAAAGAAACAAAGGGAAACCCUGAACACGAUUGUGUCUUUCUUUAAACUUCAUCUGACAGGUACGUAUUUUUGACAGUAUCAUGUUUUAUGUACGUGUAUAACCCCACUGUAAAAAUUCAUCGAUGUUUGGAGUGCCGUGCAUGGUUUUUGUGUGUGUGUGUGUGUGUGUGUGUGUGUGUGUGUGUGUGUGUGAAAUUUUGUUCUUGCAGUGUAAAACGACUAUCAUUCUGUAUGACAAUACAU